CAGUACGGGCAGCGGCCACCAGGCCUACAGCGUUGACGGAAUCCACCGUCGUUCAUUUUGUUCAGGCGGACCUCCGACCGGCUGGGAUUAGAGACGUGCGAGAUCUUAUGUGUGUGAAGGGGGGAAGAAUAACGCACGAUGGUUCGGGAAACCAGACACCUUUGGGUGGGAAACUUACCCGAACAUGUACGAGAGGAAAAAAUUGUGGAGCAUUUUAAACGGUACGGGCGUGUUGAGAGUGUUAAAGUUCUGCGAAAGCGAGGGUCAGAGGGUGGUGUUGCAGCCUUUGUGGAUUUUGUGGAUAUCAAAAGUGCGCAGAAGGCUCACAAUGCUGUCAACAAAAUGGGAGACAGGGACCUUCGGACAGACUACAAUGAGCCCGGGUCAGUCCCUAGUGCUGUUCGGGGCCUGGAAGACGGCUCUCCCUCGAGCAGUCGAGACGUUACAGGAUUCUCUAGGGCAACAGUUGGUCCAGUGUUUGGCCCACCUGUGUCCCUUCACACCAGAGAGGGACGUUAUGAACGGAGAAUAGAUGGUAGCUCUGAAAGCCGUGACCGGGGAUAUGAUCACAGCCCAUAUGGACACCAUGACCGCAGCGGCACUUUCGACAGACAGCGUCACUACAACGCAGAUUAUUACCGGGAUCGUUCUCUGUUUGCUGCUGCUGGGCCAGGGACCAGUGCUAUUGGGGGAAGCUUUGAGGCAUCAGACCCACAUUUUGAGUCCAGAAUUAGAGAUCCCUUCACUCUCUCCACUUCUUCACGACGUGACCUAUAUAGAGAUGACAGAGGACGACGUGUUGACAGAACCUACCAUCACCGUCGGAGCCGCUCAUCUCAUUCCUCACAAUCCAGGCACCCUUCACCACAACGGACCAUAGGACAAACACCUAAAACUCAUUCCCCCAAACGAGCUCCUUUGUCACCUGGAAGAGGCCCAAGAUCUCGAUCCCGUAGCAGAUCUUCAAGUUCAGAUUCUGUCAGCAGCACCAGUAGCACAGGAAGUGGCAGUGAUUCAAACAGCAGCUCAAGUGACGGUUCGAGGGCACGUUCGGUUCAGUCCUCAGCUACACAUGCACCUCCUCAGUCAUCUUUGGUACUUGAUUCAGAUGAACCACGCAGGAGCUUUGGAAUUAAAGUUCAAAACCUACCAGUGCGCUCCACGGACACAAGUUUAAAAGAUGGACUGUUCCAUGAAUUUAAGAAACAUGGGAAAGUAACCUCAGUGCAGAUUCAUGGAGCUUCAGAGGAUCGAUACGGUUUGGUAUUUUUUAGACAGCAAGAGGAUCAAGAGAAAGCUCUUAGUGUGUCUAAAGGAAAGUUGUUCUUUGGCAUGCUUAUUGAAGUCACCGCCUGGAACGGGCCUGAAACUGAGAGCGAAAAUGAAUUCAGACCUUUGGAUGGGCGAAUAGAUGAGUUCCACCCAAAGGCUACAAGGACACUGUUCAUAGGGAACCUUGAGAAGACAACUAGUUACCAGCAACUUCUUGACAUUUUUCAACGCUUUGGAGAAAUUGUGGACAUUGAUAUCAAAAAAGUAAAUGGAGUUCCACAGUAUGCCUUUGUGCAAUAUUCUGAUAUUGCCAGUGUCUGCAAAGCUAUAAAGAAGAUGGAUGGAGAGUAUCUGGGCAGCAACAGACUUAAGCUUGGAUUUGGCAAGAGUAUGCCCACGACAUGUGUUUGGCUAGAUGGAUUGGCAAGCAACAUCACAGAACAAUACCUAUCGCGGCAUUUCUGCCGUUAUGGACACGUAGUAAAGGUUGUGUUUGAUAGAUUGAAGGGAAUGGCCCUCAUCUCGUACAACAACACAGACUUUGCUCAGGCAGCUGUAAGGGAGACCAAAGGCUGGAAGAUUGGUGGAAAUAAAAUAAAGGUGGAUUUUGCAAGUCAAGAGAGUCAGAUGGCAUUCUACCGAUCUAUGCAGGCAUCUGGGCAAGAUAUUAGAGACUUGUAUGAAAUUCCCCCUGAGCGACGAGAGGAUCGCAGACCUCCAUACCAUGAAUUUACUGCAGAAAGGACUUACUAUGAGAAUAUACGAACCCCUGGCCUUUACCCUGAGGAUGCUAGAAGAGACUAUGCUGCUCGCAGCAGAGAUCGCUUUCCUGAACUGGAACAUUACCAAGGAGAUCACUUUGAUCCUCGUUAUCAUGAAGAUCCGAGAGACUAUAGGGACUACAGAGACCCCUUUGAGCAAGACAUACGCAAAUACACAUACAUUCAACGAGAACGAGAAAGGGAGAGAGAGCGCUUUGAGGCUGAUCGGAGCAGGUGGAGCCCUUCUCAUCCAAGGCGACCUCUUACUCCAACAGUCUCACCAUCACCAUCUGAACGUGCACCCAGAGACUCAGAACGACGGGUUUAUAGCCAGUCCUCUGAGCGAAGUGGCAGUGUGAGCUCAUUGUCACCACCACACUUUGACAAAUCAGAAAAGAACCUUUUGGAGCAUUCAUCCAAGAGUGACAAAAUUGAAAAGGCCAGUCAGCCAGAUCGUGUGGCAGGUGCUGAAAAACCUAAACGUCCAAAGCGAAAAGAGAAGGGUGACAAGGAAAAAACUGACAAGAUUAAAUCAAGGAAAGCAAAGGGUCAAUCGCCAUCUAACCCUGUGCCUGAAACAGACAUUGAAGCUGGAUUUGAUAGUGGGACUGUAAGAGGAAGAGUCUCGGACCUAGAUGUUCACGAUAGACAAAAAUGUAAGGGGGAGAGUGACUCUCUUACUGGAAACCAACUGUCAACUGCUCAUCUUGACUCUGUAAAAACUGAACGAUCUGAAAUGAGUAAAACUGAGAAUUCUGAUUUGGACACAAAAAACAUACUAAAGAAGCAUUUGAAGUCUGAUAUUGGAAAUGAUGGAAAAGAUUCAGCUGAUUCAGUUCGUCUUGCCGCACGCAAAAAACGCUUUGCCGAUCCUGGUGGUAGGACCAGUCGUCAAAAGAGAAGCAGACAUGAGGAGGAGGAUGGAAAUCAAUCAUCUGACCUUGGUUCCAGUGCCACGUAUUCAAAAGAGGUGGAAGUUGACAAAAACAAGGAUUUACCACGAAAAGAUUCAAGACUCAAAACAGAAAAAGGUACGACUCCAAAAGAUAGUCAAGAUGAACCUAAAGAAAAAAGUGAGAAAGCUGAGGGAUCUCUGGAUACACUUGCGUUACGACAGGCAGGAUAUACCUUAUCCAGAAGGUUUUCACAUGAGGGGCUUACAGACCAGAGUAAUGCAAGAGAACAAGAGCACCAUAUUGCUUCCAAAUUUGGUGGUCAAAAUACUGACUCUGACAAAAGUGCUAAGAACAAGGAAGAUCAUGUUUACAUUGACCUCUCUCAGAGUUACCGCAAGCAAAUGGAGCAAAAUAGACGUCUGCAACAACAGCAGAGGGAGUCUGACAAACCUGAAAAACCAGGAAGUCCUCAAGGAAGUGAAACGGAGGACCUGGAACAUCGCAGCCUUGUGCAUGAAGUUGGUAAACCACCUGAGGAUGUCACAGAUGAUUUCCCAUCUCACAAGCUAAAAAAAACAGAACAAUGUGACACUGAGUCAGGUAUGAAAAGAGAGCGUGUUUACAGGAGUAAAAGUGAAGAUCCUGACUGGAAUAACGCUUCCUCACCAGGACAUCAACAGCUUUCUCACCAUGUCGAUGAAGACUUUGAUCCUUCACAGAAAGAGUUAAACAAGAGUGAUGAAAAAAUUCCCCCAGAUCUUGAACUCUUGUUUAAAAGGACACACAACACACAAGUUGGCAAAACAAAUGCUACUUUGCUUAGUGUGGAAGAAGAGCAACACAAGAGAUGGGAGAGCAGAGUAAAACAAGAUUUGUUACCUAACCUUUCUAGAAAUCUAACUAAAAACGUACAGAAUCGCAAACAUUCGGAGUUUGGCAUUUGGCAUGACUUGGAGCCUGGUGAGGUGCGAUCAGACCCUGAAGAGGAGCGUGAACCCAAACCGCACUCUCCCAUGCCCUCAACAUCUAUGCCUUUUUCUGAUAGACCAAGAGUUGAGAGGUUUUCAGAUCCCAAACAAACACAUCUCGAAAGAAACAAGUUCUACUCCUUUGCACUAGACCAAACAAUCACGCCUGAUACAAAGGCUCUACUAGAGCGUGCCAAGUCACUCUCAUCUUCCAGAGAAGAUAACUGGUCAUUUUUAGAUUAUGAUUCUCACUUUGCAAGUUUCCGCAACAGAAAAGAUACUGAGAAGGCUGAAGCAACACCAAGGCCUACACCUUCCUGGUACAUGAAAAGGAGAAAGAUUCGACCUGGAUCUGAAGACAAACUUGAUGACAGAAAGGAGGAGCCUAAGCCAGAGGAACAAGAACGCAGGGAACUAUUUGCCUCUCGCUUCCUUCACAGCCCUGUCUUUGAGCUAGACUCGAGGCGGCUUCAACACUUGGAACGCAAACAUGAAGACCCUGAGCAUACACAAAACCAACAACCUGGUCAGCAAGGGACAUCAGAAGGAGAGCUUGACUCCGUGCAGGUUGGUCUUUUCUAUAGUCGCUUUUUGGAGCUACAGCAACAGAAAAAUAAAACCCAGCAGCUGCAAGAGGCAAAAGAUGAUACUGUGGUUACUAAUGAUGACAAAAUGGAAUCGACACAUGUUCAAGACCAAGAAACUGUUCAGUCAAGUCAAGCAAAAGAAUCUGUUGUUGAACCUGAAAUCAAACCGGUCAGUCCUGCUGAAGAGCCAAGUUCUGAACCAAGACUCUCUCCUAUUCUUGUCACUCAAACUGCCCUCAAAGGCUCACCUCCACCAGAGGAAAAAUGUGUGAUCUCUAAUCCAUCUUCUGACAGAUAUUCCCCCGUCUCUCUUAUAAAAGAGGUUAGUGUAGAUGUACUUGUGUGUGACCUAUCAACAGAGAUGUCUGAUUCUGAAUCAACAUCUGCAGCAGCAUUAGAAACGUGUUAUUCAUCAGAAGGGAAGUCCAAUAUUGUUAAAGAUGAUUUAAAUGUUACAAAACAGCCAUCUCAACAUGAUUCCCAUGAUGAAUUUAUUACUUCAGAACCAGAGCUUGAGCCUGAAAAAAUGCAACCAGAAGUGCCUCAAGUGACUAGUUCUGUGCCCCCUAGUGUUGUAGAGGAGGCGGUUGUAGUAAAGAAAGAGACCCAUUCCACUUGUAAAGUGGUAGCAGAGCCACAGGCUGAGAAGAACCUUCAAGAUGGUAAAAUGCAGACAGCUGUUGAGGAUGAAACCAACACCGAAGCAUUCUCAUGCCGGAAAGAACAUAAAACGAAAGAUAUGAAAAUUAAGAAAGGCAGACAAUCCCCAGCUCAAGUUUCUGCCAUUCCUGUCAUGUCUGCAUCUGAGAAACAGGCCACGCGCAAGAGUGAGCGCAUUGACAGAGAGAAGCUGAAGCAUGGGUCAUCCCCAAGAGCUGAAUCAAAAUCCACAAGUAAAUCUCCUAUUCAUGGAUCAGAUUCUGACGUGAUGGAACCGAGCAUAUCAGUAGGUAGAUCCCGAAGAAAUGUGAAAUCUGUCUACGCCACCCCAGUUAAAGAUGAUGCAUCAGUUCGCCCUGGAAAGGAAAUUACAGAGUCUCCACGCUCUGUACGAAAGCGCGGUAACGACAAAGAUGCAACUCAACACAAUUCUGAUCAGGAUCUACCUGCUCGAAUGCCUGCAAUUAAACGUGGACGUCCUCCCAAGAAACCCAGACAAGGUGACGAUGGUUUCCCUAUUAAAAUGGAAAAAUCCAAACUGGACAAAGACACUGAUUCAAAUGAAUCAGAAAGUGGUGAACGAAUUCCAAGAAUGUCUAAAACUAAAUUUUCUCACAUAACAAAGAGUUCAUUAAAUCAGUUGUCUGGAUCAACAAAGAAGGGGGAAAAAACAGAGGUAAUUGAAAAUGAUGAUUCUCUUACAGAUGAAGAUACUCUUGCUUUGCAAGAUUCAUCAAGAUUACGUGUAGAAGAUCAAUCAGUGAUAGCUGACCAAAAGAAAGAGGAAAAAGACACACCAAGCAAAGGAUUUGUCAAAGAUGUUCUCAAUAAAAAGGCUAGCGAGGGAAAAUCAAAUGGGAGAGAGAUGGAUUCCCUAGUCCAAGAAGAGAAACCUACAUUAGAGAAAGAAAGGAUGGUCAGGGGAAAAGCAAAGCUGACGGGAACUCCUAAGUCUCCUGUACUCAAAGAUCUUAAAAUACACCUGAAUGUCACAGAGGUGAAAGAUCAUCUUCAAGGCAAUGAUGAGGGUGGAAAUCAGGAAGAGUCAUUUAAAAAGUUCAGACCUCCUGACCAUGGGGAUCAUAUUUUAAAGUACGCAAAUGCCAACAAAGGAGAUUCCAACAGUGAAGAAAAGGAAAGUAUUGUUUUGGAAAAAAGGGAUCCCCUGGAAACACCAAAAAGCUUAAUUUCACAGGAGCAGGAAUUGGAACAGGCUGUGGAAAACAUUGCUAAACUUACAGAUCCAGCGUUUCCAACUGAACCACAGACUCCGAUUGUCCCACAAGCAGAAGGUAAAAGUGAUGCAGAGGAAGAAAAACCCUCUAACCCUGCAAGCGAGACAGAACUCAUAGCUGCCAUUGACUCGAUAACUGAUGAAGAUUCAACAGCAACUCAAGCACCUCCAGUUAGUACAGUGAUAAGUUCAGAACCAGGCAUUCAAGACUUGAUGCAGUCUGCUAAGGAGGAUGAACCUGAAACAAAUGCAUCUCCUUUACAAGAGGCAAGUGGCUUUCCUACUACACCCAGAAAAUGCAUUAAAGGAAGACCUAAAACACCUAAGCGUGCCAAAGGCCCAAAGCAAAUAAGAAAAGAUUCAAAGGAAGAAGACCAUUCUGUAAGUGAGGAAAUUACAACUCCUGUAGAAAAAAGCACGGCUUCCGGUGUGAAGGUUGUUUCUGAGACUCUAUCAGCAGGACCUACAGCUGUUAUUACACCUACUAGUUGGAAGUCAGAGCCUGAGGCUUCAGUUGUCAAAGCCACAGUCUUAAAUCCAGACUCCAAAUCACCUUCUCCAGAACUGAGCCAACAUCUUAAACCUGCUUGCCCACAGUCUAGGAGUCCAGUAUAUUCAAAACCUCAACAGUUUCCACCUGAGUGCAUGUCCACUUCCCCAUCUCCACUAGCAAGCAGGCCAAAUAUUAGAUCUGUUCAAACAAGUCGAGUUCCUGCUUCUCCACCAGAUUGGCAUGUCCAGUCCAAAGAUCCAAGUAUUUCGUCUUCAACUGGUUUGCCCUUGUCUUCCAAGGAAAACCAGCCUUUGCCUCAAGACUCAGAAAACAUGGACACUGAUCGUAAUAGAAGUGAUGUGAGGCAGAUCCUUAUUAAACACAAAAAUACUUCACUGCCAGGCAGCAGUUCUAUUCCCAGUAAUCUGCCAACUCUUCGAGAGCAGAACCUUUCUGAAGGUAGUACUUCAUCAGCUGUUUUGCCAAACUUAUCUGUAUCACCCGACAGUAGAAUAACGACUCAUUCAGUCCCCCCUAUUGUUCGCCCUCCAGUCUCAGUGCCUGCUCCUGAGAUGAAGUCUGUUAUCUCUGUUAUUGCAUCCACUGCAACUUCUGUCAUCAGCCGGGUUUGCAACCCUCUUGACCCUGAGAACAAAGUAAAUCUUAACACUGGAAAUCCCUGUGUAGACAUGACUCUAACUAAACCACCAUACAGGCCCAGCAAAGAUGAUACAGGAUCAUAUCAUGGAGCAUCUAUUGAUGAGGGUGGCAGUUCUGCGCGCUUUGUUGUUGACGGCCCUAAUCUUGGUACAGGGUCUUGCCCAGGCCUGAGAGUAAAUACUUCUGAAGGAGUGGUGUUACUAAGCCACUCGGGCCAAAAGACAGAGGGUCCCCAGCGAAUCAGCGCUAAAAUAAGUCAGAUACCACAAGCAACAGCAGGUGACAUGGAAUCUCAGCAGUUGGUAUCUAUGCCCCAGAUAAAACAGGAAAUGUAUGUUCAUUCCCAGUCAGGGCUGCCAAAGGGAACUUCAUUACAGACUGAUCACGGCCAUCCUGGAAAGACACAAACAGUGUUGUCAUCAGUUAAGCAAGAAAGUACUGGGCUCGAAAAGAUGGAUUCUUCAUACCAGUCUGGACCUCAAGGAGUAGUGAAACGUCUCCCACAAGGCUGCCAGCAAGUAAUGAGUUACUCUCCAGACUUUAUGUCAAUAAAACAUCCAAAGAAAAUUGACAGUGCUGAUUCUCACAGUACAGAUGGAACUAAGCCACCGUGGACUUCUGCACUAAGCCCUCAUUUGCCAUCUCCACCAGGCAAUCAUGUGGGGUUUGUCUCAGCUGGAGAUAGAGCGCCUUCACAUCUCAGUGCGGUGAAACAGGAACCUCGGUCCCCACGCAAAUCAGGGCAUCCACACACUUCGUUUACUAAAGUGCCCUCACCAAUAGGCUCUUCAUCUCCCAAGGGCAUACCAGUAAUGUUAUCUACUGGCAUUCCUGCCAUGCAACAGUUUAUUACUAGUGUGCAUCAUGCAGAGCAGUCUGUUAUCAUGCCACCCCACAGUGUACCCGGAGGUUUGGGUCGAAUGUCUCCUCAUUGUGUUACCCAAUCAAUUCCAGUGGGGCAUCUUGUUCAAGGAGAUGUUCGGGUAAAUACUCCACCUCUGUCUGUGAUGAGCUAUGGGAUGCACAGUGAGUCACUUUCCUCUCCCUGGUCGGGUGCCAUUCCGCCCCAGCCCACAUCACCCCAGGCUGUUGCCAGAGACAAGGUUCUGAAGGUUAAUCCUGGUUCUUUGAGGAGUCACGACGAACAAGAAGAAGCCAGGCAUUUCCAUAUGGCUGCAAGACCAUCAACUGCACAGUUAAAACCAGAGGCAUUGCAGACAGAUCCUCGCGGUACCAUGCGCAGCAACGUGCCGUUGGAAACGUACAUAUCUCAGAGAGACAUGCGCGUGCUCAUACACCAACAAGGAGAUCGUUCAGGAGCAGACCCCCAUUCUGGACACAUUCAAGAGACUCUUCCUGCUUCUUCGACACCAUCCAACCUACCUUUGUCCUUGUCUCCGCGAACGCAUGUUUUGCCUAAAGCUGUGGCUGAGAAAGAUAUUACAAAGCCAUUAGAGGUGAAGAGGUCUCCUCAGAGAGUUCAGAUAAUUCCUCCAGGACCUAGCAGCUCAUUCCCAGAGUACACAGGGGUGUACUCCAACCCAAGAAGCAUCCAUUCGCAAAUACCCGAGUCGUCUUCUGGUGGAAUUAACCAGGCUCCACCUAACGUUACACAGACUAUGGGUGCAGACCUUCAACCAAAACCAGACAGCAAGACAACACAACCUGUUAAUAUGGUCCAGUUGCUCAAAAAAUAUCCUAUUGUGUGGCAAGGCCUGCUAGCACUAAAGAAUGACACAGCUGCAGUCCAGUUGCAUUUUGUUUGUGGCAACAAAGCAUUGGCCCAUCGAUCACUGCCCUUGCAGGACGGAGGUGCAUUGCUUAGGAUUGUCCAGAGAAUGAGACUAGAAGCUUCACAAUUGGAGAGUGUGGCCAGAAGAAUGACGGGUGACAGUGACUAUUGUCUUCUCCUUGCUCUACCAUGUGGACGAGAUCAAGAUGAUGUCCUCAACCAAACACAAGCUCUAAAAGCGGCUUUCAUCAAUUACUUGCAGACAAAAUUGGCUGCUGGUAUCAUCAAUAUUCCAAACCCAGGUUCCAAUCAGCCUGCCUACGUACUGCAGAUUUUCCCACCAUGCGAAUUUUCAGAGAGCCACUUGUCGCAGCUCGCCCCCGACCUUCUUAACAGGAUCUCCAGCAUCUCACCACACCUCAUGAUUGUCAUCACCUCUGUGUAAACCUUUUUACUGCUGGAAACACUCAUCAAUUGAUGUUCUCACUGAUGAAGAAACCAGAGGAAUAUCAAGUGUUUCCUGAAUACAGUGGGAAUGUGUAGGACAUGGCCUCCAACAACACUCCCCCACACAUCAACCCUUUUUUAUUUUGUCAAUCCUGUCUGGUAUUUUUGUCCUUCUCAGAAGAACUCAGGGAUGGACCGAACCAGUAUCAGUCUUAUUUGACCAUUUCUCUGCUGUAUUUUUAUUUAUUGGAAUUUUAUUUUUUAACGUUCAGAGAGACUCUGAAGGAGAAAACAGGAUGAAUGGCUAACUGGGUGGCCUUUUUUCUGUUGAUUGAUUGUCAUAUUCAUUUCUUCAAGAGGAUCAUAGACGCUAAAAAGACUAUUUAACAUGUAAUUUGAAAUAACUGUACAGAUCUCCUCGCCCUGGCUUUCUUUAGAAGAGGAACCAUUUGUAAAGCUAUGGAGACCCUGUAGAGGACCACAUUUGUUUUAACCGUUCCUUUGUUCCACCAGCUCUGCUUAUUUUCUCACUACUGAAGCAGUACCUGUGGCACCUGGCGCCUGCCUAUUCAUUGAACAAGCUACAGUAUGAGAGUUUUUGAAUAUAGGACUUUGUAAAUAUUUUAAAUAUUUAAAAUCUGACUGUGGAACUUGGAGAAUAUGACCGAUGCUUCAGCUCUUGUACGUACCAGAACGAGAGUGGAUUUAGAUGGAUAUCCUUGAUUUUUUGGAUGUAAAUACUUGUAACACAAGAAGAUUGGCAAACUCCCACGUGGAGUCUGCUGAUGGCACUUCAUAUUUUGUAACUCAAAUAAAACAAAUUCCAUAAAAUGUUUAA